AAGGCACGCGGCUUAUUGUGAAGAUGCUCAAUGUACUGGUGGUGAGCUCCAUCCUCAAGCUCCUAUUAGUUGGCGCGUACAGAUCGACCGACUUUGAAGUUCAUCGCAACUGGCUGGCUAUAACGUACAGUUUGCCGAUAUCAGAGUGGUAUUAUGAGAAAACAUCAGAAUGGACUCUGGACUACCCGCCAUUUUUCGCUUGGUUUGAGCGGUUGCUCGCCACCUUUGCCCCUUUGGCGGACGGAAAAAUGUUGCAGGUCGACAAUUUGAAUUAUGCUAGCGAAAACACUGUCUUGUUUCAACGUUUGACCGUCAUCGUCAGUGAACUCGUAUUGUACUGGGCUAUUCUAAGAUAUCGACGAUCCUUCGGUUCCAAGUACGUCAACUGGGUCAUCGCUGGCUCCAUUUUUCUCCACCCCGGGUUUCUCAUUGUGGAUCAUCUCCAUUUCCAGUAUAAUGGGUUCUUGUAUGGCAUAUUGCUGCAUUCUAUCGUUGAAAUGAAGAAGCGCCGAUAUUUACUCUCAGGCUUCUUGUUCGCCGCCCUGCUGAACUUCAAACACAUCUACUUGUAUAUGGCACCAGCUUACUUUAUCUAUUUGCUAAAGGCUUACUGCUUUCAACCUAUACCUACUCCAACUGAAAAUGGUCAUGCAGAUCGACAAGCCUAUGCGAAUGUCAGCCGGUUUUCUUUGGUGAACUUCAUAAAAUUGGGUGCAACGGUUGUAGUGGUCUUUGCUAUCUCAUUAGGACCGUUUGUGUAUAUGGGACAGAUCCCGCAGCUCCUGUCUCGCCUGUUCCCAUUCACAAGAGGUCUCUGCCACGCAUAUUGGGCGCCCAACUUCUGGGCUCUCUAUGCUGGCGCCGAUCGCGUUCUGAUUAUUAUUGGAAAGAGACUUGGAUGGUCUCUUAACCAGGAUGCGCUGGGAUCUAUGACAAGAGGGUUCGUUGGUGAUACAAAGUUUGCUGUUCUUCCUCAAAUCGAUGCUAUACACACCUUGAUUAUCACCGUCAUUGCGCAACUUAUACCUCUUCAACUCCUUUGGAGAAAGCCCACGUUUAACAACUUUUUGACCUCACUGGUACUCUGUGGAUUUGCGUCAUUCCUCUUUGGAUGGCAUGUGCACGAAAAGGCCAUAUUGCUCAUAUUGAUUCCGUACAGUCUCAUGGCCGCCAAUACGAAAGCGCAUUUGAAAAUAUUUAUCAUUCUCAGUGCUUCAGGCAUAUAUUCAUUGUUCCCUCUUCUUUUCCACUCAGCAGAAACACCUAUUAAGACCAUAUUUACCCUCACAUGGCUCUUGAUUGUCUUGCCAUCAUUGGCUAGGACAUUACACACUCCAUUACGUGCUGUUCUUCAUCCACUGGAGCGCCUUUACCUGGUUGGUUUAGUAGUGCUACAAAUUUACACUGACGUCUUGCACACCGUCAUUUUCGGCACUGGCAAACUUGAGUUCCUGCCCCUUAUGAUGAUUAGCAUAUACACUGCACUGGGUGUAUGCUACGGCUGGGUACGACUGAUGGCGGGAUACCUCAACGGAACCAUAUAAGACAAAACAAUUGAAAGCGUAUGCAUAGAAUGCGGCGAAGCUGAGCAGUUAUUUCUUCCCCCAGUCCUAAACUCAAUAAACAGUAUGUGAAAUUUUUUUAAAAGAAAAGAUUCGUCAUCGUUGACAUUGAGUGUAGUAUAUUUACAACUGAACGCUAGCAUAUUGAUCUCAAAAAGGUUGGGAUGUCAAAUGUGACGUUAUUCAGAAACAGCUAUGGGCAGGCACUGUACUCUGGAUGAAAG